AUGGCUAGCUCAGUACUUAUCAAGAUUACUUGUUUGGCUAUGAUAUGCUUGGUUUUGGGUAUUCCCUUAGCCAAUGCUGGUCAAUCAUGUGGUCAAAUAAAAAGCUCCUUAUUACCAUGCCUGGGGUACCUUAAGCACCCAGGACCAACUGUCCCUGUAGUAUGUUGCAAUGGUGUUAGAACUGUUAAUGACCAAGCCAAAUCUCUUCCUGAGCGUAAAGAUGCUUGUGAGUGCAUCAAAUCAGGUUUAAUCAGCAUACCUGGACUAGAUCCUAAUGCCGUUCAGGGUCUUCCUAACAAGUGUGGUGUCAAAUUGUCUUUCCCAAUUGGUGCCAACAUGGACUGUAGCAAGUAA